AUGCGAAAGAUAGUGAAGAAAUGUUGGGUUAUAGAUCAGCUAGCAAAACAUGUGUUUGGUGCAUCAAUGAUUGCUGCGACAGCCAGCACUUUGAAGCUGGAAUUGGUGAAAAGUUUUGGUGCAGACUUGGCUAUUGAUUACACCAAAUUUUUUUUCGAAGAUUUGGAUACCAAAUUCGACCUAGUUUAUGAUGCAGUUGAUAGAGCGAUGAAGGCGUUGAAGGAAGGUGGUAGCGUGGUAGUGAUUGAUCCAAAGGACUCUAUGUUUGUCUUGACCUCGAGUGGGGAGUUUUUAAGGAAAGUCCAUUCGUAUUUGAAGAGUGGGAAGAUUAAGGCCGUGCUUGACCCUAAAGGGACCAUUCCCUUUUGA